AUGGACGAGCUUGUAACUCUUACCCGAACAGUAGGGGCCGCAGCUCCCCAAGAAAAGUACACAAUGAAGGGGCUUGAAAAUCUAGUGCGGAAAGAGGCAUUCGCAAAUGUUAAACAAGCUGAUCGAAACAAGAUCAAUCUCAAAGUCAAGACGAAAGAUGAAUUAGACGAAAUGCUCGCGAAACAGCAAAAGAUGCUGUCGAACAAAUCUCUUAUCUCCAGAUUGCCCGACAAGGGUGAACGAAUCCGAAACUCAGUGAAAGAAAUAGAAGAAGAACUUGAAUCACGAGCUGCUCCUACUGGAGACAUUGUUGAUCUUUUGCAGAAUUUAGAGAUUGUCGAAAAACGUCCAUCAAACGCAUUCAUCAAAAAGAAAGAAGCCGAAAAAGCGCAAUCGAACUCACCUAAGAAAUUCCAUGCUCACCGCAACGAAGCUUAUGAAAAAAAGAACGGAGCCGAAAAACCCGUCCAAAUACUGAGCAUCGAUGAAAGUCGCAGCGUAUGUGAUAUGAAUAAAGAACGCGAGCGCGUAUGGCUCAAAGAGCGUGAACUUCAGAAGAUGAAGGAGGGCUUCAAAAUUCCCGUUAUUAUUCAGGACUCGACUGGUUGGCGAGAUCGAAAGGAUUCGGAAAAUUCUGAUGACUCUGACGAUCAAAGGCCGGCUUCAGAAGAUGAGGAGGAUCAGCAAUAA